AUGACAGGUAAUUCUGGACGAGAUGACAAUAGCGGAGAGAGAUUUUGUCCAUUCGCGAAUACUUCUUUUGAUAUCAGGAAAUACACACUGGUGAAGGUCAUGUUAUAUAUUUUGAAGCCAGCAGAAUGUUUCGGGCAAAUUUCUUGUUGGCCAAGACAGUUUGCUACGAGCUUAGCUACCUUCAAAAAGAAAAUCGAUGCCAAAGUUCACGGAGAUACCACGAUUGUUGAAGUUGUGGAUGUUGCCGAUGUAGAUGAUUGUAAAGUAUUGAAACAUAGUCCGGAAACUUGUACGUUAUGCACUUGUAACAUUCCUACUAAGGUCCGUUAUUCCGAUGUAUUAAUUUUGGAGCAAUUUAUGCGAGAAGAUGGGACUGUGCUUCCGCAACAACUUACUGGUUUGUGUAAAAAGCAACAGAAGAGAAUUGAACGUUGUGUCAUGCAGGCUCAUUGGGCUGGCCUCUUUCCAGAUAGAACAACUGCUGAUUUCGAUCGUUCAGGAUAUAAACGAUUCGCGAGGUACUGGAACGAUGACAAGGAGAUCUAUCGAUUGAAGGAAGAAGUGGUCCCCGGCUCAUGGUACUAUAUUAAACGAUAUAACACACGAGGAGUUAAUUUCAAAAAGAAUUGA